CGCGGGACGAAAUUUAUGUGCCUCGAGGGUGGUUGUGGGGUAUGUGUUGUCUCCCUUCGCGGUGUGCAUCCAAUCACACGACAACCCUUCAUCAUGGCAGUCAACUCCUGCCUCUUCCCCGUCUACUCGUGCCACGGAAUGGAAGUGAUCACGGUGGAGGCUCUGGGCAAUCGUAGGGUCGGCUACCACCCCAUUCAGCAACGUCUGGCCGCACUGAAUGGUACACAAUGUGGCUUCUGUACUCCUGGGAUGGUGAUGAAUAUGUUCAGCCUCGCGGAAUCGGAAAGGGGCCAAUUGACCAUGGAGGAGGUGGAGAAUGCCUUUGGUGGGAAUUUGUGUCGAUGCACGGGCUAUCGUUCCAUAUUGGAUGCCUUCAAGACUGUUGCCUCCAAUGCAACACCACGACUGCUCGAGCUCACGCGUGACAUCGAGGAUUUGCCACGAUUCUGUCCAAAGAUGGCCUCCCCGAGGAAUCCCUAUGAUCGCAUCGAGGAGAAACGACUCUACUUCAAAUGCAAGAGUGGUCGAGAGUGGCACAAAGCCUACAAUCUCGCCACCCUUUUCACCCUGAUGCGUCAGAGUCGCCACAAGCAGUAUAUGUUGGUGGCUGGGAAUACAGCUCAUGGAGUCUAUCGACGAGAUCCAGGCAUUGAGAUCUUCAUCGACGUGACGUCCAUUGAGGCCCUUAGGACGCACACAAUUGGUGGGUACAUAGAACUCGGAGCAAAUAUGACCAUCGCCGAAACUAUGGUCUACCUAAGACGUGCUGCCUUUGGACGACCACAAUUCGAGUAUGUCCGCGAAUUGAUCAAGCACCUUGAUUUGGUGGCUCAUGUGGCUGUUCGAAAUAUUGGAACCCUCGCUGGUAACCUGAUGAUCAAGCAUGAACAUCCAGACUUCCCAUCAGACAUUUUCCUAAUUUUGGAAACUGUUGGUGCAAUGCUGGUUAUUGCGGACAGCGUUACAAGAACGAGAGCCGUGACUGUUGCAAACUUCCUCAAGAUGGACAUGAAGAGGAGGCUCAUCGUGAAGAUUCGACUUCCAACGAUGGAUCCAACACGGGAUUAUCUGAGAACCUACAAAAUCAUGCCACGGGCACAAAAUUCUCACGCCUACGUGAAUGCUGGCUUUCUCUUCCGCUUCAAUGAACGUCGAAGUCGUUUGCUAACCGUUCGAAUUUGCUAUGGAGGUAUUCAUCCGAGAUUCGUUCAUGCUGCAUCUGCUGAGGAAGUUCUUCAGGGUGUGGAUAUUUUUGAAAAUAACGUCCUUCAGAGGGCUUUUGAGGCCUUAGAUCAGGAUAUUCAACCGGAUUCAUCCAUUAAUGAACCCCUUCCUGAGUAUCGAAAACUCUUAGCUAUGGGCCUAUUUUACAAGGCUGUUCUGAGUGUUGCUCCUGAGGACAGAGUCCAGGAGAGGUAUCGAAGUGGAGCUACUGUCUUGGAGAGACCAAUAUCAUCAGGAACUCAGCAAUACACAACAAAUACUGAGAAUUAUCCUCUGACUCAGCCCUUGCCUAAGGAUACAGCCUUAGAGCAAACUUCUGGUGAAGCUGAAUAUGUCAAUGACAUGAUCCACUUACCAGACGAUCUGUGGGCUACGUUUGUUAUAGCAACUCAAGUUAAUGCGCGCAUCAGCUACGUUGAUCCAGCAAUAGCUCUCAAAAUGCCAGGAGUUGUUGCAUUUUAUCGUGCUUCAGACAUUCCUGGGAAGAAUUCUUUUAUGAGUGAAAAACACGAUCAGGCACAAAAUGAUGAAGAAAUCUUCGCUAGCAGUGAAAUUCUGUAUCAUGCUCAACCAGUUGGAAUGAUCGUGGCUGAGAGUUUUGAUCUGGCUCAAUUGGCAGCAAAGAAGGUGAAAGUUAUCUACGAAAGGUCGUCUAAUAUUGAAUUUUAUCUAACACCCCAUGAUGUAAGAGAGGCAAAUGAUACAGACAGGAUUCAACAGCAAGUUGCAGUUCUUGGUGAGCAAAACGACAACGAAGUUGAAGGGGAACAUACAAUUUCGGGAAGAAUGAAUAUGGGAUCUCAAUAUCAUUUCCACAUAGAAGCCCAAACGUGCAUCUGUUCACCAUCAGAAGAAGGGCUUGAUGUUUUUGUUGCCUCACAGUGGAUGGAUUUGUGUCAAACUGCAAUUGCUCAGAGUCUUGGCAUUCAUGAGAGUCAAAUCAAGAUGAAAGUUCGACGCUUAGGUGGUGGCUUUGGUGGAAAAAUGUACCCAACGCCACAGAUGGCUUCUGCAACUGCACUAGCAGCACGUUUACUGAACCGAACUGUGCGGUUUGUGAUGCUCAUUGAACAUAAUAUGAUGUGUCUUGGGAAGAGAUAUGCUGUAGAGUCAGAGUAUGAAGCUGUAACGGAUGCAAAUGGUCAAAUAUUGAAGUUGGAGAACAUCAUCUAUGAGGAUGCGGGAUCACAUUUUAAUGGAAACGUCCCACAAUUGGUACUCCCUACCUUUUCUAAUGGCUACACAACCGAUACUUGGUACUGGGAACUUAACACCGUGCGAACGAACAAACCAACUAAUACUUUGGCCAGGAGUCCAGGAACACUGGAAUUCAAUUCAAUGAUUGAGAAUAUCAUGGAACACAUUGCAAGAGUAACUGAGCGAGAUCCAUUGGAUGUGAGGUUGGCAAACAUAUCCGAAGAUGAAACACAGAGAAGGCAGCAUAUUGAAGACUUUAGAUCUUCCGUAAACUACGACACAAGGAAGACUGAAAUUGAUGAAUUCAAUACGCAAAAUAGAUGGAAAAAACGGGGAAUCUCCAUCUUACCAAUGAACUACAGAAUCCACUUUCAUGGUGUUCGGUAUGCUCAGGUUUCCAUUCAUCACGGUGAUGGAAGUGUAUCAAUAACUCAUGGAGGCAUAGAAAUGGGUCAAGGAAUUAAUACAAAGUUAGCUCAGGCUGCAGCCCAUCUCUUCGGGAUUGAUUAUGAGAUGGUCAGGGUAAUGCCUAGCCUUAACUUUGUUUCACCAAAUUGCAUUCAUGCAUCAGCUAGUAUAACAACCUUAACAACCAUGUAUGCUGUACAGCAGGCAUGUCAGACACUCCUUGAACGAAUUGCACCGGUUAGGGAGGAAAAUUCCGGCCUUACUUGGCCCGAACUCAUUCAGAGAUGCUUUGAGCAGGACAUCGACUUAGUUGAGAAGUACAUGUACAAGCAGAGCGAUCUUCAAGCGUUCCAUGUUUUUGGUAUAGCCUGCGCUGAAAUUGAACUAGAUGUCCUUACUGGAAACAUCAUAAUCCAACGCGUGGACAUUCUUCAAGAUACAGGAGAGAGUGCAAAUCCCCUACUCGACAUUGGUCAAAUUGAGGGUGGUUUUGUAUUCGGUUUGGGUUACUGGCUCCAUGAGAAGCUCAUCUACAACCCACGCAACGGCAAGUUAAUGACCAACCGAACGUGGAACUACAAAAUUCCCGGGGCAAUGGAUAUCCCCGUGGACUUUAGGGUAGCUCUCUUGCAGAACUACAACACAGACGAGGGAGUCCUAAGGACGAAACCUACUGGGGAACCUCCGACUGCCCUUGCAAUCGUUGUUGUCUUUGCUAUUCGCUAUGCGCUCAACUCUGCUCGAUCGGAUGCAGGAAAUGCGGAUACGUGGUUCAAUAUGGGACAACCUUGCACAACUGAAGAAAUUCUUCUUCUAACUGAGAACAGCACGAGGGAUUUUCAAUUAUGA